UGCAACAGUCGCCAUUCAGCGAGCGACGAGAGAGAAUGGCCGUCAGUGAGCGAAUUCUAGCCGUGUUAAUCGGGAUUCUUCUUGUGCCAAAGUGUGAUGCCGAUCUUGGCCCUACCAGCAGUGGAUUGGAAGAGGGAUUGGCCGAGAACGUGCUGAUGCCCAACGAACGUGAAUCUUUGGAUGAUUGCCAUUUGCGGUUCUAUCACGCAGGUGGCAGGGGUAUUGUAGGACCAGCGUUUGCCAAGCCCGCUUUCCUGACCGAGUUCGCGCAUAUUGCUGCGAUCGGUUGGAGCAGAGCGGACGGUCAGGUUGAGUGGAGCUGCGGUGGAUCGUUGAUAUGGAACAACUUCAUCCUGACAGCGGCCCACUGUGCCUCGGAUGAGGAUAACAUCGAACCCGAUGUGGCUCGCAUGGGAGAUCUGAAUCUGUUCAGUGCCGAGGAUGAUGCGCACGCACAGCAGCUGAAGAUAGUGAAAAUUAUCCGCCAUCCGCUGCACACGUUCAGCGCGAAGUACCACGAUAUCGCGCUGAUGCAGCUCGAGCGAAAUGUCACCAUCCACGAGACAGUUGCCCCUUCAUGCCUUUGGUUAGACGAUGAAGUGCGCUUCCGGGACCUGGAAUCGGCCGGCUGGGGACAAACAGGAUUCGCUGAAGAAAGAACGCCAAUUCUGUUAAAAGUCACGCUGAAUCCACUACGGAACGAGCACUGCUCCGACCAUUACAGCUCUGGCAACGUGCGCGGACUUCGCCAAGGUCUAGCGUCCCAUCAGCUGUGUGCUGGUGACGCCCAAAUGGACACCUGUUUGGGUGACUCGGGAGGACCGCUGCACGUACGGCUACAACACAACUACAAGGUCACCCCAUUCCUCGUUGGAGUCACAUCGUUCGGUAAACCGUGCGGCCAAUCACACCCCGGUGUCUACACCCGAGUGUCCUCGUACCGUCGCUGGAUCGUAGAAACGCUGCAAAGCAACGGGGCCCCCGAAGUUACCGAUGAGCAGUUCGAACCGUACGCUUGUGCCCUACGCUACGUUCACAUUCGACAGCUAGCGGUGUCCCGGGUGGUGGCCAAUGAGAGCGGUGUGUUUGAAACGUUCGACUUUACGCGUGAGUACAUUACGCGCGACUUUGUAAAGGAAGCGGUAGAGCUUCGGUGGCGGAAUGGCAGCAACGCUCCAUCGAACUGUAUGGGCGUUAUCAUCGAUCAUGACACGAUUGUAACGCUCGGUGAUUGUGCGUCGCACGAGGGUGCACUUCCAACGCAGGUGAUCCAUCGCAUCCGAACCGGAUACAUGGAAGACGAUUUUGCCGAGCGUGCGUACGAGGUGAAGGAAGUGGUGGUCCAUCCGAACCACACCGUCGGUUCGUACUACGACAAUCUGGCUGUGGUGAAGAUUGGUGGUGAAUUCGGAAUUACACCGGCCUGCAUCUGGAACGCGCUUCGGUUGCCGGACCAACAGAUGGAAAUAACGACCGUGGGACGAAGGGAUUUGAAUGAAUAUCAGUACAAAUCCGUCACAGAUUAUGAUUCACGCCUCAUCCGACUCGUUCCGCGUGUUUACGGCCUCGAGAAUGAAAAUUGCAGUCUCGCAGACCAAUACCGACACAAUCUGAGUCGUGGACUACAAGAUGAGCAUCUUUGUUUUGGUAACGAUCCUUUUCUGGUGCCGCAAACCUGUGACCUAACGAACGGUGGACCACUGCAACGGUCACUGUUUCGACUCGAUCGUCACUUUAAGCACGUCUACGCGUUAAGUCUUUUCGGGCGCGAUUGUGGUUUUGGUGAGCCGGCGGUGGGCGUCCGGUUGCAUUCGCAUCUGCGCUGGUUAGAAUCGGUGCUGAUACCGAAGCGGCGCAAUGAGGCCGAUGACACAAAAUCGGACUCGAUCUUGUUCAUCGAUAGUGAGCUGGAGCUGCUGGAUCGGUGUGACUUCCACGAUGGAUCGGUUGGCUUGUGUGUGCCAGCGGACCGCUGUCGUGGUGUGUACGAUCGGAUGCAACGCCAUGAGGCGGCCAUCUUCUGCACCAACGGAUCGAUCAUAUGUUGCACGCCACGGAAUAUUUUGGACGAUUCGGAUUUGCGGUACGGAGUGGGCGAGAUCGAGAGUUGCCCAAGGAAUUAUGGUGAAUUACGAGAUCAUCUCGCUACGCUGCCCAACGAGAAACGACCGAAAACACACCUCGCGGAGGUGGCAUGGUACGAUACGGAGGCGGCUAAGGGAACGAUCGUCUGCCUUGGCUAUCUGAUCACAACGCAAGCGGUACUGACGACGGCCGAAUGUACCACCUUGCCAGGCCCGAAACCCAAUAUCGUGCGCUUGGGAGCAACUUAUGCACAGUUCGAAGACUCGUCCAAAAUAACCGAGAUCGGCGAGAUCAUAAUGCACCCUCGGUAUGAGGAACGCACGAAAGCCAACAACAUUGCGCUUCUGAAGCUCGCGGACUACAUGCCACCAACGAGGGCCAUCUUUCCCGGGUGUCUCUGGCCAAACGCCACACAUACGCCCCUCCAAUCGACACUCAUCUCGAAAGACGCGACGCGAGUGCUGGAACGGGCGCUACACCCACAGUAUGCGUCCGAUUGUGAGCGAGCGCUUGGAGGCGAGCUGAGCGAGGGCCAAAUGUGCAUGCUAAUAACGGAGGGAGCCGUGUGUGGCAACUCGGGAGAUCCGGUAUUUUGGAGCGAGAAAACCACCAACGGAUCAGCGUCGGUAGAGUAUUUGGUUGGCCUUUACAGUCAUGCGAACUGCACGGUGGGAAGCCCUGGUGUCAUUGUUCGCAUAUCGGCCUAUCGGAAGUGGAUUCUGGAUGUUUUGUGAGUUUAAAGGGGGAAUAGGAUAUUUCUGAUUUUUUUUUUGUGACAUUUUAUAAAUUUUUUCGUGUUAAUGCUGAUCAUUUCAAGAGUGACGUCAUGAAUGAAAUUUUUAUUCCCCAAAAUACAACCAAAUAUUCUUGGAAAGUUGUAAUUUAAUAUGCAAUUCCGUUGAAAAAAUUAAGUUGAAUAAUUUCUUCACAAAAAAAAUCAAAAAAUGAACCUUUUUUGACUGAAGCCUCUCUCCCCCUCUCUCCUAAUAGAAAGUAAAGGUCGAAGCUUUUUCGAAACAAAUAAACAAC